AUGGCUCCUACACCAACUUAUAUCGAGACUGUGAGAAAUAAUAAUGAAAGUGAAAGUGAUAAUGGAAAAAUAAGUUUUCCCUAUAAAAUUCAAGAUAUCGACGAGAAAACUAAUAACGAAUUAUUGGAAUUAUUUACAGUAUAAAAAACGGAAAUUUUUCCUUCCUAGUGGAUAUAGACGCGAGGCCGAUAAUUAUUACAAUUUCAGUGCAAGGCCAAGUGAUGUGAUCGUCAAUACUUUUCCUAGAUCUGGUACAACUUGGACACAAGAAAUGGUGUGGCUUUUAGCAAAUGACCUUGACUAUGAAAAAGCUGCAGAGGUUCCACUAGCUAUGAGAUUCCCUUUUUUCGAAUUUAGUUCUUUUGUGCAUAGCGAAACAAAAGCAACGUUUCUGAAGGAAAACCAAUUCGAUGCAGACAAAUGUAAAAUAAUCCAAAAUAUCGACUAUCCCGGUUGGAAAUAUCUUCAUGAAAUGACCGAAAGAAGAUUCAUUAAGACUCAUUUACCUUUUAGUCUAUUACCACCAAAGUUAUUGGAAACAGGCUGUAAGGUAAUAUAUGUUGCUAGAAAUCCAAAAGACGUUGCCGUUUCAUUUUACCAUUUAAAUAGAGCAUAUAGAACACAGGGAUAUAUUGGAGAUUUCACUCAAUUUUGGAAAUACUUUCAAAAAGGAUUGGUUGCAUGGUCACCUUACUGGGAACACAUAAAAGAGGGAUGGAAUCGAAGACAUGAAAAAAAUUGUCUCUUUCUGUUUUAUGAAGAUAUGAACAAGGUAGAUUUAAAACCAGUAAUCGAAAAAAUAUCAAAUUUUUUGGGAAAACAAUACUCUGACCAAGAAAUAUGCUUACUUGAGGACCAUCUAAGGAUAGACAAUUUCAAAAACAAUAAAUCAGUAAACAACGACGAUCACAAAGAACUGGGAAUUUUAUUGAGUACAGAAGAAAAUUUUGUAAGGAAAGGAAAAAGUGGAGGUUGGAAAUCAUAUUUUGAUGAUGAUUUAAAUACCGAAGCUGAUAUAUGGAUUCAAGAAAAUUUGAAAUCGUUUGAUAUUCAAUUUCCAAUCACAAAAUAA